AUGGCUGAGCAGCUGUCCCCAGACCGGAUACGGCUCCAGAAUAGGGAGUCUCAGCGACGAUUUAGACAAAGACACAAGCAGUCCAGACGGAUGGAAAUAUCUGGAUUUCCCGAAGCCUGGCAGCGUCCCGUUUCGCCAGCAUCGACCAUGAUGCCAAACAACGAGAUCGCGGGGAACACAACGUUUGUGCAGAAACGCGGUCAACGUUCGGCUUUUGCACACAAUCAAUUACAGACACCAUCACAUGAAGUACAAGCAUGGACACCAUCAGAGCACAAUCCUGCAUUCAUGGCGGCGGCCUCUGAAAUACACGAGCGCUCAAUGCCGCAAGGCAGCCCAGUGCAUGUGCAUUCAUUUCCUCAGAUGCCCCUGAUGCAAAUGCCGCUUGACAGUAAUCACCUCGGAACUGGUGCCGAUACGGGUGCUGAGGGGGUACAGGAAUAUGCCCUUAGUCUGUUGACCGCCAAAGAGAGCACGGCAUCAGCCGCCAAUCAGCUUGUGGAACAAAACGUUGCAGGCACCCAACCGGCCAUGGGGAACAAUGAGGUACUAGAAAAUGAGAAUCCCAUACAGAGCCACCGCAGGUUGCACAGAGAAACGAGUCCAGUGACUAUGACAAGGGCUGAAGAGAUGAUUUCCAACGUGGAAAGUCUCUACGAUUUUGGAGUUGAUCUUGGCAUUGUUACUGAGGAUCCUCGUUUUCUCGCAUCACUGCAAAGACUGAAGGACUGGUUCACGCGGCUGCAGCAGUGUGUUUCUGAAGAUAGCCUGCUAGGACAGAUGAGUCAGGAACGAAAUAGUGAUACUGAUUGGUAG